GUGUGAGCAGCAGCAGCCUGCGUCUACCCGGACACCGAUGACCUCAUCUCAUCUCUGCUCUGUGAUUGGCUGUUCUGUGUGUAAGAGCUCAGCUGCAGCUGGAGUUUCUGUCAGUCCUCCUCAGACUGGUUCAGAGUCUCUGACAGGUUCAGGUCUACAGAGAGUCUCAGACUGGUUCAGAGUCUCAGACUGGUUCAGGUCUACAGAAAGUCUCAGACAGGUUCAGGUCUACAGAGAGUCUCAGACUGGUUCAGGUCUACAGAGAGUCUCAGACUGGUUCAGAGUCUCAGACAGGUUCAGGUCUACAGAGAGUCUCAGACUGGUUCAGGUCUACAGAGAGCUGCUGCUGAUGAAGAUGAUGACGAUGAUGAAGAUGAUGCUGGUCCUGGUCCUCUCCUGUGUCCUCUGUGUCUCAGCUGACGUUCUACAUGAAGACAUUGGUAUCAGUGGCUGUUCUUCCUCUGAUGGAGAGUUCAUGUACACUCUGGACGGUGAAGAGGUUUGGUACGCAGACUUCAUCAAUCAGAGAGGAGUGGAGCCUCAGCCCAGCUUCAUGGAUCAUAUUACUUAUCCAGGAGGUUAUGAAAGUGCUGUGGCUAAUCUACAGAUCUGCAAACAGAACCUGAAGGUGGAUCUCCAGGCCUAUAAGAACCCUCCUCUGCAGCUUGAUCCUCCCUCCAGCCCGAUGAUCUACCCCAGAGACAACGUGGAGCUGGGACAGAAGAACACCCUCAUCUGUCAUGUGACGGGUUUCUUUCCUGCUCCUGUAAAGAUCUCCUGGACAAAGAACGGACAGAAGGUGACUGAAGGAACCAGCAUCAAUGUUCCCUACCCCAACAAAGACGGUUCCUUCAGCCAGGCCUCCAGACUGGACUUCAUCCCACAGCAGGGAGACAUUUACAGCUGUACAGUGGAACAUCUGGCCCUGGACGAACCACUGACCAGAAUGUGGGAUGUGGAGGUGAAGCAGCCUGGUAUUGGACCUGCAGUGUUUUGUGGACUUGGUCUGACUGUUGGUCUGCUCGGUGUGGCUGCUGGAACCUUCUUCCUCAUCAAAGGAAACGAGUGCAGCUGAUUGGUCGGGGCUGAUGAUGUCGUCGGUUUUCAUGUACAGAGGUUUGAGGAGCUGCUGCUUCCUGAAGCUUUAUCUUGUUUCUGUCUGGUUGAUGUAGAUAAAAUUUACCUGAAUGAAUCAGUGCUAACACACAUAAAUAACCACAUUCAGAACACAACCUGUGUCUUACAUUGUGGUCGGUGGACAGUAUCAUUUUAUAAACAUAUUCUCACAUGAAGAGUGUUUUUAUGAGUCAACAAUAAUAAUCAAUUAACUGAUGAAUGAAUGAAUCAAUGUAAAAUAUGAACAUCAAUAAAGUCUCAUCUGUGUGACAAAG